CAGGCCCGCGAGUGCAGCUGUCAGCGCGCACUAGGUGUGCAUCACCGUGGACCACCGCUCAGUCUCCGCGCGCUCUACUUACAGACACAGAGAUGUUGCAACGUUCUACAUGACUUUCUUAUACGUUCUCCUGCUGUUUGCACGUGAAAUAGCGCGAGUUCCGUUGCCUGCGAGCCAAAAGGGGUGAGCGGGUUAUCAUGAGUUGUCUGGAUGUUAUGUACCCGGCUUAUGGUCAUUACACACCGUACGCGCACAAAUCUUCAGCGUUCGUCAGCACAUUACCGGCACCCAUUGGUCUGAGAAGCCCCUUAUCUCGCUGUAGGGAUCCGAUGGACAGCACGGGGGCCCCAAGCUGCUCUGAGAGUGUCCCGGUGUCUGCCAGGAGCUCCAGCUCGGGGGGUCCUUCCCCAUCGCUGUAUACCUCAACUGGAGAGAUGGAGCAGGCUACAAAGGACAAGGAGGUCGGGGAGGCAGAAUACCUGAGCUCACGAUGCAUCCUCUUCACCUAUUACCAAGGGGACAUUAGCAGUGUGGUGGAUGAACAUUUCUCUAGAGCUCUCAGCACCUACAUGGAGGCAGAGGGCAAAAAGAGGCAAAACGACACAGACGCUUCGUCCUCGAGCAGCCGGCGCAGUUUCCCUCCAUCGUUCUGGGACAGUAACUACCCAUCUCCACUCAGCCGACCACACUGUGAUCCAACAGGUGCUCCCACCUAUGCUAUGGACCCAUACGCCCAGGCCCUGCACCCGGGUCUGUCUCACUCACAUGCUCACCCACACCCAUCAGAGUCCUGGAGCUUCUCUCAAAGCCAGCCCUAUGCUCCCCCACGGCCCCUUCACGAACUGUACUCCUCUCCCGGGUUGGAUCCUCACUACGGCCCCCUGCUGAUGCCCACUGUCCGGCCACCACAUCUCCCGCCGUUACCUGGGCAUUAUGAUAUGGGAAAGCUUGAACCCACUCCCACGUGGCCGGGACUGCUUCCGCCUGGGGAAAUGGCACAGAGCCUGGCCCUCAACAUGGAAUCGGGUCUCCAGCAUCACAAGAAAGGGAAGGAGCUCUACUGGUUUUAAUGAGAAGCCCUUUAUCGACCAUCCAAUUAAAGCCUGAGUUUGGCCCAUUGUAACAGAACUGUUGUUUCUUUAGCCCCCACACACAACGGCUCGGCACCAGCUCUGCAUAAGCUCUGAAUACGCUCCAGGACUAUUUGUGUGCACCAUGGAGAUAUGAACAUAGGGCAAUGAGAGAAGGCCUGGGGGGAGGCAGGGGUGCUAGACUGCAUUCUCUCUCUCUCUCUCUCUCUCUCUCUCUCUCUCUCUCUCUCUCUUGAUCUUUUCCCCCUCUUUUUGAUCUUUAUUUUUUAUUAAUUUAUUGUGUUGUUAAAAUCCAGCUUGCUCUGUUUGGACAUUGAGAUGUGGAAUGGUACCAUGUACAGAAUGAAACAUGAUGGGCAGAUUACAGAUGGAUUGAUAAAUAAAAAUAAAACAAAAUCUGGUGUUAACUGGCAAGCUGUACAUAUUCUUGUUCUUUUUCGUGGUGAUUGAACUACUAAGGAUGGCAAUUAUGUAUAAACAUUUGUAUUAUUUCUUUGGUUUAAUUUUUUCAUUCUUGUAAAGUAUUAUUAUUUAUAUAUAGUAUUUAUGUGUUUCAAUUACAACUCACUUAUGGCCAGUGCUGUUACCGGUAUUCUUUUAUUUAAAUUUUUUGUCAUUAGGCAAUGUACCAUGAAAACAGCUACAGUAAAUCUGAGAGAACUCAAAGAAUUAAUUAAUUAUGUCCAAUUAAAAGAUAUGGUUUCCCAAGUUAACGAGCCACUGUAUAGAACUGAUAAGGUUUUGUAGACAAGGAAUGUGUGGUAUGAUGUUGUAUAGGGGAAGCCAUUUUUAUUUUUUUUCUAUGUGUGUCACUUGAUUGAAUUGCUGAUAAUGAAUACAUUUGCUUUGUUAAGCUUAAAAAGUGCUUGUAUGUCAAUAAUAA